UAACUCAUCUUUUUUUACUUUUCCUUUCGUAGCUCAGACCUGUCCUGUUUAAUUAUCCAUGACCUUGAUAAGGCUUUUUACUAUGCAAUAAGUAUCUAACUACAUAAAAUAGUCACGUUCUCCUGAAUGUGCCAAGAGGAAAUGACUGUUCAACAGUUAAACAAUUAUGAAUUUCUUUGGAAUUUCAUUUUUUUCUGGCUUAUAUUUAAUGUUAUUAUGUAUGGUGGAGAGGUUUGGUCCAUCUGGCCAAUGAUAUCACACCAGCAAUAAAAACACCCACUCAGGCAGCUAUAAAAGAAACCAUCCUGUACAAAGAAGCUUCAGCAGCUCUUCAUCACACUUUGAGACUUAAAGCUUCAACAUGAUCUUGCUCCUCUUCUUGUUUGGUCUGGCUCUGGGUGCUCCUUCUGAGUCUCCCUCUCGUGACAAUGAAGUCAUGCAACAACCUGGUGAACGGAAAUUUAAACUGCUACGUGGAGCCUGUCCCAUGUUCUGGUGGAGCUUCAACGGCCGCUGCUACAAAUAUGUCGCCACCCGCAUGGCCUGGGCUGAUGCAGAAGUCUACUGUUUGUCACAGGGAGCCAACCUGGUGUCCAUCCGCAAUACAGAGGAACAGAGUUUUGUGAAAAACCUGAUCAUGAACUUUGACCACGCCGAGGGACACACCUGGAUUGGACUCAGUGACAAGCAUAAAGAAGGCACUUGGAUGUGGUCCGAUGGAUGUCCAGUGCGUUUUGUCUACUGGAGUCCAACACAACCUAAUAAUCAGGGAGGAAAUGAACACUGUGUUCACACCAAUGUAGUACCAGAUAAGAAAUGGAAUGACCACACAUGUGCUACCAAUUUACCUUAUGUUUGUGCAACACGCAUUACCUGUCCUUAGAAGCACUGAACCCUCUGUUCCUGCUAGUACAAUGCUAUAAUAAAGAUUUAAAUGUACACUGUAA